AUGACGACGGGAUUCGUGGCCUCUGCGGUGGAGGCCUCACUGGUCGUCCUCGCGUCGGUGCUGCUCGCCGUCCCGCUGCACGCCAUUGGCUGGGUGGCCGAGGCGGCGGCGCUUCCGCUCGUGUGCCUGGGCGCGGCCGCCGUCGGCCUCCACCUCCCGGCACCCGCCAUCGUGCGCCGCCUCGGAUGCUGCUCGCUUCGGCGCGCACCCUCGAUGGGCCUGGCGCUGGGCUGCUGCUCCCCGUCGCUGCUGCUGUGCGCGAUGGCGCUCGCAAACGUACGUGCGGCCACGCCGGCGGCACCGCUCCUCCGGGCGCACCUCUGGGCGCUGCUCGGCUGUGCAGUCCAGCCGCCGCUCGUGCUGCUGCUGCAACCGCUGGCGGCGUCCCUCCCGUGGUGGAGCGCGCCGCUGCUCUCCGCGCUGCCGCCGCUGCUGACGCUGGCCGUGGCCGCCCCCGAGGGCGCCGACCCCGGCAUCACGCUUGUAUCGCUCCUCACUCACGUGGCCGCCCUCGCCUGGUCGACCGCGAUGGUGCGCCGGUCCUUCACGCUUGGCGAGGCGGCCGCGCUGGCGCAGGGCGUCGCCGCACUCUCCGCCGACGCGCUCCUCAUGACGCGCUGCACUCUCGCUGCCGGCGGGCCGGCGGCGACGCCGUGGGGGCACUGGGGGCGCCUGUGCACUGCCCGCGAGCCAGAGGCAAUGGGUAUCGAGGCCGUCCUCGCGGGCGGCCUCGCGCUCACGGCGGCGGCCGCCGCCGUCCUUGCACCGCUGCGUGGCCGCGCCUCGCCCUCCGCGCGCGCCGCGCUCCUUGUCGGCGGCAUCGCCCUCGCCCUAGGCGGCGUGCUGCUGCCGUGGCUCGAGGCGCUCGUCGUGCUCGCGCCGAGCCUCCUCGCGCUCGCUCUCGCCGCGGUGGUGCCCGCCUUUGCCCUCCUCGAGCUCGUGCGCGUCGGCGCGCUGCCGCCGCUCGCGCGCCCGCUCGCCGCCUUCCUCGCCGCCUUCAUCGACAGCCGCGACGCGGGCACCCUCGUACUCACCCACAUCUACCUCCUCGCGGGCUGCGCCCUCCCGGUCUGGCUGCAGAGCGCGUUGCCCCCCCCGCCGCCGGCCUCUCGCGCGCCCCUCGCCGCCGCCGCCGUCCGCGGCGCGCCGCUCGCCGGCGUGCUCGUCCUCGGGGUCGGCGACGCGAUGGCCUCCCUCGUCGGCGUGCGCUUCGGGCGCACGCGCUGGCCGCGCAGCCGCAAGACGCUCGAGGGCUCCGCGGCCGCGGCCGGCUCGACCCUGCUGGCGCUGCUGCUGCUGCUGCACGUGAGCAGCCCGGACGGCGCGCCGGCCGAUGCACGCACGUGGGCCGCCCUUGCCGGCGGCACUGCGGUCGCUUGUCUGCUCGAGGCGGCCACCGACCAGAUCGACAACCUCUUCCUUCCCGUCGCCUAUCAGACGUGGCUGCUCAUCGCCGCCGUGCUCGAGCCGUGGUGCCGUGAUUCGUCGUGCGGCGAGGGGUGA